AUGCCGAAGUCUUGCGCCGCUCGCCAGUGCUGCAACCGCUACAGCAGCCGCAGGAAGCAGCUCACCUUCCACCGGUUCCCGUUCAGCCGCCCGGAACUGCUGAAGGAAUGGGUGCUGAACAUCGGCCGGGGCAACUUCCAGCCCAAGCAGCACACGGUCAUCUGCUCCGAGCACUUCCGACCCGAGUGCUUCAGCACCUUUGGGAACCGCAAAAACCUGAAGCACAAUGCUGUGCCCACGGUAUUUGCCUUUCAGGACCCCAUGCAGCUGGUUGGGGAGAACACAGAUCCCACCGGGACGAGAGGAAACAACGACGCUCAGAAAGGAAAGGUCCUGCCUGUGGUGGGGACAGACGGCACAGAGAGAAGCAUGGACACAGCCCUGGACGAGCUUCAGCUGCCUCCAAAUGCGGAAGCUCCUGGGAAAGAGGUCUUGCCACAUAGGCCUGAAGCUGCUGAGGUCCCAGGCCAGCCGGCCAGCCCCAGCGGGCCGAGGCGGCCCCUGCCCAAGCAGUCCUCUGAUCACAGCUACGCCCUUUUGGACUUGGACGCCUUGAAAAAAAAACUCUCCUUCACCCUGAAGGAAAAUGAAAAGCUUCGGAGGCGCUUGAAGACCCAGAGGCUGGAGAUGCAGAGGAUGUGGCGCCGUCUGAGUGCCCGCAGAGAGGAGCGGCUGCGACCCCAGCCCCACCCGCUGCCUGAGCAGCACUGA